GUUCAAAAUGAAAGCAAAACGUUAACAAUGCUUGGCUCCUAGCCACCCACCACCCCCGACACCACUAACUGUGUUCGGCGAAUUGCCACCGUCCUCGACACUCACACCUUUCCCCUUCGGUGGCAAAUUGAGCUUUGGAGACCCCAAACCACCACCGCCCCCGCCAACACCGAAAUCCUGCUCCAUGAAAUUAUGGAAGGAGUCACCUACUCCUUGGAGCGAAUACACGUAUCUGAGAUGACGGCAGAUCACCACCGGCGAGAGAUCGUCCAACUUAGAGAUGGUGCAUCUAGGGCUGCCUAUUUGGUCCGGGUUUUUUGGUUUUACCCGAAAUCGGACCAUAUAACUCGGAUCGGGACCGGAUAGCAAACAAUCAAAUCUCAUAUUCGGGCUUAGAUUUGAGGUAAAAAUCGUUCGGGACCGGACCAAAAUCGGAUAAAGGCCAGAUAAGAGAGUCCAACACCCAAAACUCCACUAAAAUCUCCACAAUAUCAAUCUAAAAUCAAGACCGAAUUGGAACCGGACCGGGUUAAAACCGGUCCGGAUCAAGACCGGACUGUAUCCAAUAUUUGGUCCUUAUAUUCCCGAAAAAACCGAACUGGGACCGGAUCAAUUCGGUCCAAUUUAUCAGAAUCGGACCGUAUAGCUACCCCUAACUGCAUCCCAUCAAAUUGAGAGAUGGUUUUAGUUUAUUAUUAUUAUGUUUAUGUUUAAGUGAGGAUUUUAACACUAAUAUAAAGAGGUUUUCUAUAAGAAAAUACUUAAAAGUGAAUUUAGGAAGGAUAUUGUUGUCCUUUUCAUUAAUAAAUACCAAACAGAAUACUAUAUUAUAAUGGAGAAAAGGUUUCGUUGGGAACCCUUUUAAAACAAAUUGUUAUGUUAUUAAUAUGUUCUUUUGUUAUAACUUAUAAGGUUGUGCGUGUCUAUAUGUGGUUUAGUUUUUAUUUAAUUUUCUUUUAUUACAAGAUUAAGUGUUUGACACAAAUAUUUAUAUGUGUGACUUUUCUAAUUAAUUGAUUCUUUAUUAUUUAACUAGACAAAUCAACUUCCAAUUCUAAUUUUGAAUUUGAUUUUUUUGAUAAAAAAUAUAUAAACUUAAAAAUUCAACGUGUUAAUGAGAAUUGAUAAUGGUGGGGAGGUUUAUGAAUGUAAUAUCAAUGAUUUUUUAAUUAAUUAUUAGUUUAUUUUCCAAUUCUUCUUUUAGGUAAUGAAUUUCUCUUAGAGUGAUGAAAUGUAGAUCACAAUCUCCAUCUAGAGACUAGAAGUUCAAAGUUAAAACCGGUAGCUAGAUAAUUUAUUUCUUAGAUUUUUUUUGGAAAAUGAUAAAAACAUUAUGAGAUCAUACCAACUUAGAUCUAGGUUUGGUGUAUAAUUUUCUGUUACCAUAGUAGGAAACCGACUUUGACAAUAAUAUACUAUUUUGUUAUAACUGCGUUAGUAUUAUAUGGAGUUUUGGUAAAUGCCAAGUUUGGUCACUCAGUUUACUAAAAAGUGUCAUGUUUAGUCACUGGAAAAAAUUAAUAUCAUAUUGCUUUUGUUAAGGGUCGAGUUAUAGGUGAAAACCAACUGCUUGCUCAUGAACUGGUUUAGAAAUAUGUUAGGAAGAAUAUCUCUCCAAGAUCACUAGUGAAAGUUGAUUUAAUGAAAGCUUUUUAUUCUAUGGAUUGACAAUUUCUCUUCAAUGUUCUUCAUACAAUGGGAUUCCCAGAUAGGUUCCUUGCUUGGUUAAGAAUGUGUGUUACUACUCCAAAGUUAAGUAUUGGUUUAAAUGGUGGCUCAGUUGGAUAUUUUUCUGCAAAAAAGGGUUUGAGGCAAGGGGACCCCCUCUCCCCUUAUCUGUUUGCUGUGGCUAUGGAGAUUUUUUCAUGUCUAAUGAAUCGAGCUGUUCUCCAGAAUGCUAUGUCGUUUCAUCCUAUGUGCACGAGACUGAAAUUGACUCACCUCAUGUUUGCUGAUGAUCUCUUACUUUUCUCUGAUGGUUCAAACUCUGGGAUCCAGUACAUUAAAAAUGUUUUAUCAGAGUUUAGAUAUAUGUCUGGGUUUCAAUCCAACCCAUCUAAAUGUGAGCUCUACUGUGGGGGGGAUUUGUGACCAGGGCAGGUUUUGAUGGCAUAAUACUCGGGGUAUAAAUUGGGCACUCUCCCUGUAAGUUAUUUGGGACUUCCCCUGUUAGCUGGGAAGCGUACUAUUAAAGCAUGUAAACCCUUAAUUGACAGAGUUGUAGGCAUGAUAACUAGCUGGAAGUCUAAGUCUCUCUCCUAUGUUGGUAAACUUCAGUUGGUGGUCUUAGUUCUAUAUAGCCUCUCGCAUUUUUGGAUGUCGAUCUUCAUUCUUCCUAAGGCUAUAUCAGAGCUAUUGAGAAACUUUGUAGUGAUUUCCUGUGGGGAGUUGGUGAGGGUACUCGGGAAAAAGCAGUGGUAGCUUUGCCUAGAAUCACUUAUCCAAAAAGUGAGGGUGAUUUAGGGCUCAGUGAUAAGGCCACUUGGAACUUUGCUUGUGUCACAAGACACAUUUGGGCUAUACUUCUGCAACAAGGAUCUUUGUGGGUUGCCUGGCUUUGGGAAUAUCUAUCAGAAACACAUUUAUUUGGGGUUUCUAUUAUUAUAUUAGGUAGGAUAAUUAUAAUUAUGGUUAGUAGAGAUUUAAUCAUAUUAGGAUUAUUAUUAUUAUUAGGUGAUAUGAUCCCAAAUUUCCCACCAUUCACGUCACAAUUACUUGACAAAGAAGCUAUCGAAGUUGGGAAGAAGAAAGGAAAAUUUUGGCUAAGUCAAAAUCUGUAUUCAGGGUACAUACUUUGGAGGCAUGGUUUUCUCAAUUGGCUAGGUGGGAAUUCAAGGUUAAGAGUUUGUUUUGUAGAUAAAGUUUCCAUCUUUCCAAUGAUAUGCUUUGUGGAUCCAGAUGAUGUCGUUAAGGUUGUUUUCCAAGGCCUCAACGUUGCAACCUCAAAACUGGAAAACUGCCAAAAAAUGGCUAAGGCAGAAAACUGUUUUGUGAAGCCUACUUUGGAGCUCAAUUCAAGGAGCAUGGAUGGGAUUCAAGUCAAAAGUCUUCUACAACAUGAAAUUAGGAAUGUUUAUCUACCAAGGGAAGGAAUUGGAUGAAAGAUUGGAGUUCUAAAAGGCCUCGAACGAAAGGCGCGAAGUUAGUAUGAAAGCUGCCUUUUGACUGUUUUGCUGGCAGCUUACUUGCGCUUGAAGAAAGAGAGUUUAAACCCGAAUUUUGUGUCCUUUUAGUGUAAACUUUUACCUUAAUUGUUUCCUAGUUCUAUUAGGAUUGUAUUAGGUUUUAUUUGCCUUUAAAUACUGUCUAUUUACGUUGUAAAGACAGAAGACUUUGAUUAAUCGAAAAACAAAACCCUUUGGUUUUGUGCGAGUUGCGACUUAUUUGAGUUUGAAGGAUUCCAAAGUUGUGAGCUUUGUAUCGAUUGAAUAUUCUCUUAAAUCGUGAUCGAGCAGCUACCCUUUUAUACCAUACGAGCUUUCCCCAGGUGUGGAAUUGUCCGUUGGUUCCGUUUUAUCCAAUUUUCGUAUUAAGAACGCAUUGUUCUUUAUUCGAAUUUAAUCAAUCUUCGGAUUGAUUUUUUGCUACGUUACUUUGGUAACAAUACACCCCCUAGGGUCGUAUUAUUAGGGGUUUCCAGUAUUUCCCUUUAAAUAUGUACUUUGGGUUUAUGUCAUAAUGAGUCAAGAGGAAUAUUAAGAACAGUCCCCUUAACCCUAGUUUAUCCUCUCAACUCCUAAUUUCUAUUCUAUCCUAAUCCAAGGCUUCGGCCGAUUCCCAAUUCUAUUAUGUUCUUCUCAUCUAUAUCCCUAAUCUCAACUCUAAAUCCCAAGCUCACGGGUGCCGAAGAUCAGUCCUUAGAAUCCCUAGAAGCGGGGUUCUUACAGUUGUAUCAGAGCCCGGUUGUGGCACCCGUACCAUGGUUUCGACCAACUUCGAUCUCUCUAUCGAAGAAAUCACAGGGAUUCUUAAGAUGAAGUUGGAAUCUACCAGAAACACUCGCCAACCGAAGGUGGCGAGGAGCCCAGUCCCAAUCGAACCGAUGAUAGCAGAAAUCGAUUUCAAAGAGUAGUUGGAACAACCUGGGUUCCCCGUCGAGCUCGAGAAGAGAAUGGAGAUCGAGGAGCCUCUGGCGGCAGAGCCGCCGUUCACCAAAGAGAGACCCGACACAACAGAAGCGACCAAGUCUCCGCCUUUGUUGGUUGUCGCUGUGGAAAAGGAAGAAGGCAGCAGCAUGCCUCCAUCGCGGCCCCUUGAAGCACCAGGCUACUUGACAAAAUUGGAUUUUUUCUCGAAGAAGGGGGAGUUGGAUAGGCAUCCAGAUCGAGGGCCCCACACCGGGAGUAGAGUGCCCCUAAAUCCGGCCACUCAACCACCGUGGCUACCGCUGGAUGAUCGAUCAUCGUCAACCAUGCGCUUGAGACACGGGAUGGACGUUUCGUCGGAGAAUAAGUUUGAGAAGUUUGGUCGGGCGCGAAUCCCUCGUGCGGUGUCGCAAUUUGGGGCGAUUUCCAUCUCGACGAAGAAUGACCGGAAAAAAGAAGAGAAGAAGAAAAAGGAUUUGCCGGAGAUGAAUGCUUUGGGAUCUCCACCCAACGACAGCGUGGAGGGCUCGAUGCCGGUGAACGAGGUCGAGAGGAAGAAAAAGAAGCGCGGUGGCGGCGGGAUACUAUGCUCGUCGCCGAUGAGUGAGAUAGAGAGGAAUGGCAGCAACGCCUCCUCUCCCUUAGCUACCAACGACGAGUUGCACUCGGCGGAGAAGAAGUCGUCGGGGAAGCUGGGGACGAGGACGAAAUUGAAGACGGCGGCAGAUUCGCGCUGGCCGCCGUGCAGUCGAAGGUACUGCGGGUCGCGGGAAAAGAUGGUGCGAGGAAGAGAGAAGGUGGCUGCAGGUCUCCUUCUCCAGCAACCCUAGGUCACGCCACCAAUACCAAGCGGCCAGAACGGUUGGACCGAGAGGUGGUUUGGGUCACAGGGUCAUUGGGCCGAGAAGACUGCAAGAGAAGUGGAGAUUUUGGGCUAGUGAGCAUAUGGGCUUGAGCCAGACCAGGGCACCAUGAGGGUGGGCUAACAAAAUUAUUGUGCGAUG